AUGGAGAGCGCCGAAUCCGCCUCCCCGGCGCCGCAUGCACCCAACCACGACUCCAUGGUGACCGUAUCGCUCUCCGACAUUCAAUCCAACUCCGAGCACACCCAGCCCGACUGGCGCAACCUCGAUAUUCCUCCAACCCCGGUGGAGGCGAGCCAUGAAAGCGAAUCGUUCGGUCCGAUGCCUCUCCAGGAUGCCGCAAGGACCACUCCAGUUCCCGUGUCGGAGCCCCCUACUCCCACCUCAACAGCAGAUAAGACCGCAGACGAGGAAGCCGACAGCGAAGUCGAUUGGGAGAACUUAGAAAAGACAGAAGAGCAGGAGCCGCGAGGAGAGAGUUCUGAUGAGUCUACGGCCCUCCUCCUCGCUCGCCUCGAGCAAGAAAACAAUGCCCUGGUGACCAACCCGAAGUCCGGGCUGUCCAACAAUGUCCCUCAGUCGCCGAGACAUCAGCGACAGUCCCGCUCGCAGUCGCUGAUUCAGAUUAAACGGUUGAUCAGCGAUCCAGCAAGAUCAGAACUGCGCUACUCGCAGCUGCAGCCACCGCCGAUGACCGAGCUGGAAUUCUGGGCAGCUUUAGUGGCAGACUAUCCGCAGACGGCUCAGCGAUUGCCAACACUCACCUCGAACAAGAUUCAAGGUGGUGUGCCUCCGCCACUCCGUGGCGUUGUCUGGCCGAGCCUCGCCGGCGCUCGUGAUCCAUCUCUCAUAGAUGAGUUCCAGCGGCUUUCGGGCGAAAGCAGCCCCUAUGACGGGCUGAUCGGCAAGGAUAUUGGCCGCAGCUUUCCCAAUGUGGAAAUGUUCCGGGACCCCAAUGGCGAAGGCCAGCAGAUGCUGGCUCGAGUCUUGAGAUGUUUUAGUCUGUACGAUGCCAAGAUUGGCUAUUGCCAAGGACUUGGUUUUGUUGUUGGACCGUUGCUCAUGCAUAUGUCCGAUGCGGAAGCUUUCUGCGUGCUUGUUAGAUUGAUGGACCACUAUAAUCUUCGAAUGUGCUAUCUCCCAGAUCUGUCUGGUCUUCACCUUCAUGUUUACCAGUUUCAAAACCUCCUGGCGCGGCAUCGACCUGCCCUGUUUGAACACUUGGAAUCGUUGAAUGUCGAGCCUGUCUAUGUAUCACAAUGGUUUCUCUCUUUCUUUGCAGUGGCGUGCCCGUUGCCAAUGCUGCUCCGAAUUUACGAUGUCAUUUUCCUCGAAGGUGCUUGCGAAACCUUGAUGCGCGUCGCUCUUUCCUUGAUGCAACGCAACGAGAAAAGAAUCCUGGCAUGUACCGAGUUUGAGGAUGUCAUGCAACUGCUUCUGUCUCGAAGCGUCUGGGAUACAUACGCGUUCAAUGCUGACGAUCUCGUGAAUGACUUUGUUUCACUUACCUCGCUUGUCACCAAGGAGAGCCUCCAGGCUCUGGAAGCUAACUACACACAAUCUCAAGGUGUUCCUACGGGAAUCUCAUUCCCCCAGAUGCAGGCAACUGCUUCGCGAUUCCUGGGUCGCCUUUGGACGGGCUCCAACUCCCACAACUCCAUGAAAUCUCUCAACCCCAACGCGAGCCCCUCACGCCCGGUCAGCACAAUCCGACGGUCCACCUCAAAACAGAGCAUGACCUCGACGCUGAAUUCGAUCGAAACAGUAUCCGAUGCGAGCACUGCCCCAACAGAAUUGUCGACUGUCACAGCGGGUACGGACAGAACACGCGUCAAGUCCAAUGUUGCCACUCAUCACAAAGACCGCGAUCUUCACACACAGAUCGAAGAUUUGCUGAUGGCUUUAAGUGAUCUCCAGCGCCAGCAUGCGGAUUUGACACGGGAAUUGCAACAGGAGCGUGAAGAACGAGAGGAAGACAAUGGAUUAUCUAAGGAGCUGCUCGGCUAUCUCCAGGGUCUGCCAAGUGAAUACCAAUCAGAUGAACUGCUAUCCAAGGCACAGGCCCGCCUCCUAUCGGAAGAGCCAAAACGCACGUCUAUUACGCAAACGAAACACCAGCUUUACGAUGAUAUGACCCGAUGGAAGGAGAUGCAUGAAGUGGAAGCCAGUCGCUGUCUGGAUCUCACACGACGGAUGGAUGAUUUCGAGCAGGAAAAUUCGUCUUUAAAGGACCAGCUCCGAGAGGCACGCGGCCGAAUUCAAGACGGUUACCGUGAUCGACAGCGACUGGAGCGUAUGAAUCAGGAGCUUCGCUCACUCAAGACGCCGGUCACAGAAUCUGCCACGCCCCCCGAGAACGCUUCUUCCCCCGCUGAUUCCAAUGAGGCGACCUCGCCAAACGGUCUCCGAAAAUUGCGGUUGGUGCGCACAAACUCCCAGAAGAGCCCAACUUUCAACAAACGGUCAAGCAGCUUAGGCCUCCAGAGUGUACUAGCCACUGAAAACAAUAAGCCGGCUGCCGAGGAAACGCUAUUGUUGGAGCUUGUUAAUGCAAAGACGGCCGAAGCGGUGGCCAAACAAGAGUUGGAAGAAGUCAAGGCCAAGUUGGACGCGCUUCGAAAGAUGAUCAGCGCGCCUCAUUCUCAACCGAGCGCCAAGCUUGAGAAUCGGCACUCAUUUGUCGGCCGCUCUCCUUCCCGAGCAAGCAUUUCCAAAGCUCCGACAGAGCCUGUCAAGACUCCCGGCACCUCCAGCAAUGGCAGUGCUGGAGGUGGAGGGUUUUUCAGUGGCUGGGGUCGACGAGCUGCAACGAGCAACGAAUCUCCUUCAUGA